AUGGAUCUAAGUUUAAAUGUAAUCAACGGAAUGGUUAUCAAAGUGCUCUCUCAGUCAAAUCUUGCUACAAACUUCGCACUAGUUUUAAGAUUGCGUGUGGUUGUGAAUCCAGAUGAAAACCGAUUACCCAUCGUAUCCCACUCUUCGCCAUUUGUUCACAAAGGACAGAAAGGCGAUAGAUUAGCCGAGGACGGAGAUUUGGGACCUUCCGGAGCGGGAAAACCGGAACGGCCUAAUAUCAAUAUAUCAUCUCAAUGCAAAUGCAGCAUCAACGACAUAUCAGUAAUGCUGACGAACAUACCAAGCAUGCGUGGCCCUCCAGGACCUCAGGGACCCACUGGCGCAGAUGGUACUACCGGCGCACCUGGAAAAACGGGACAAAUGGGAGAACAAGGGCCACCUGGUCCAGCAGGACCAAAAGGUGACAGAGGAGACAGAGGUGAAUCCGGUAUGCCAGGGGUUGAAGGACAACCAGGUUCAAAAGGGGAACCUGGAUCUGAUGGUACUCCUGGUCUUCAGGGCCCAUCUGGCCCUCCUGGACCUCCUGGAUCGAUCACUCCAACGCUAUUGGAAUCAACGGGAUUAUACGGGGCUGAUAGGAUCCCUGGCCCUCCGGGGGACAGAGGUCCGAUGGGCCUGGCAGGUCCGCCCGGCGAAAGAGGAUAUACCGGCAAUAAAGGGGAGAAAGGAUUACACGGAUCCAAAGGGGACAAAGGGGAAAGGGGUUAUACGGGCGCGCGAGGCCCACACGGCGCGAAGGGCGAACGCGGCCAACCCGGUAAAGACGGGCUGCCGGGUCUCCCAGGCUCGCACGGCCGACCGGCGGAAAAAGGCGAGAAAGGUGUUCGGGGUCUACCUGGGCCGCCGGCGCCUUCUUUGACUGCGGUUUCUGAAAAUUCUGUUCUAGGAGAUCUUGCAAGAACAGGUCCACGAGACAUCGCUAAACUCAAGGGCGAUAAGGGAGAACGAGGCGAAAAGGGCGAAAAAGGAACGCGAGGUAUUGAAGGUCCACAAGGAUUUCCGGGUAACGAUGGAAAGGCAGGGGAACGCGGAGAUAUUGGUCCUUCAGGACUCCCUGGAGCGCAAGGUGCUACAGGAUUAACUGGGCCCAAAGGUGAUAAAGGAGAUUCUGGACCACCCGGCCCUGUUGCUAUAUCUAGAGAAGAAGCUGUUAUUAUGACCAAGGGUGAUAAAGGUGAACCGGGUCCUAGGGGAAAAAGAGGUCAUCCUGGAGCUCCUGGACCAAGAGGAGCACCGGGUCUGCCUGGUCCCCCUGGCAUUCCUGGUACUAAUGGAGUAUCUGGAGACAUUGGACUACCUGGGUGGACUGGUCCACCUGGGAUCGCCGGCCCUCCGGGCACUCAGGGUCCAAAAGGUGAAAAGGGGGAGCCGGGAAUUGCUUUAGCGGACCUUGAAAAGUUGAAAGGUGAUAAGGGUGAACGUGGUUUAGAUGGAACUCCAGGUACAAAUGGGAAGGAUGGGCCCCAAGGUCCACCUGGACCUCCAGGUACCCCUGCAAAAGUUGAGUUCAUCCCUGUGCCGGGUCCGCCCGGGCCCCCGGGACCACCAGGAACAAGUACAACGAACCAACUUCCAUUGGACACUUUGACAGAUAGCCCGGGAAUUAAUCGUCUUGAAACAACGGCAGGAAAGCCACGUGACGCACUGCAAAUACUUCGAAAUUUAAAUAAUUUGAUGCAGUAUCGACAAGGAGCAUACCAUUUCGCGGAACCUUUAGAUUCCCUAAGUGAAAGUGGUGAUUAUGACGAUGAAGAAGAUGGAAGGACGAUUAUUGGUACUGUCUUAUUCAAAACCACGGAUUCAUUAUUACGGUUGGGUGCAAAGAACCCCCGAGGCACUCUGGCAUAUGUCAUUCAAGAGCAAGCACUGCUUAUUCGCGUUAACAAUGGAUGGCAAUAUGUUUCAAUGGGGUCCCUGUUGGCUGUACACAACUCACCUGGCAACGGGCCCACUCGAACGCCGCUACAGAAUAUUCUAGAAACUUCUAGUUUAGUGCAUCACAAGAGUCCCGUGGGAGAAGGCCCAGUGCUUCGUCUAGCUGCGUUGAAUGAACCUCACACGGGUGACAUGCACGGAGUAAGCAGUACCAAUUACGAGUGCCACAGACAAGCACAGAGAGCCGGCCUCGAUGGCACUUUCCGUGCUUUCAUCUCUUCAAGGGUCCAAAACAUAGAUUCAAUAGUGAGCUGGGUUGAUCGGGAAAUACCAGUUGUGAACAUACGCGGUGACGUGCUGUUCAAUUCUUGGGGAGAGAUGUUCGACGGAUCCGGUGCAUUGUUUGCACAUGCACCCCGAAUUUACAGUUUUAGUGGGAAAAAUGUGUUGACUGACCCUGGCUGGUAA